AUGUUUUACGUGAGUGUUUUUUUUUUUUUGCAGAAGAAAGAAAUCCUUCUUCAUCAAGGGAAAAGCAUUCAACUCUCAACUGAUAAGAGAGUAGAGAAGAGUGGAACAGCAACUCAUCUCUAUGUGGACUAUAUAAAUCUACCUCGUGCUGUCAAGAAGGGCUCCCGUAUUUUCAUAGAUGACGGACUGAUCUCGUUGCUGGUCGAAGAAGUCUCCGAAAAUUCUGUAAUGUGCGAAGUAGAAAACGGUGGUAUGCUAGGUAAUAGGAAGGGUGUAAAUCUGCCUGGAACAAGCGUAGAUCUGCCAGCUGUUACGGAGAAGGACAAGGCUGACCUUUUGUUUGGUGUACAGCAAAAUGUGGACAUUAUCUUUGCAUCCUUCAUACAAAACGCUCAAGGAAUCCAUGAGAUCAGAAGGAUUCUUGGAGAAGAGGGCAAACAUAUCAAAAUUAUUGCCAAAAUCGAAACAGAAGAAGGAGUAAACAACGCGGAUGAAAUUGUUGCUGCUUCGGACGGAAUUAUGGUGGCACGCGGUGAUCUUGGAAUUGAAAUUGCACCAGAGAAGGUUUUCCUUGCUCAAAAGAUGCUAAUAGCCAAAUGUAACCUUGCUGGGAAACCAGUAAUUUGUGCUACUCAAAUGUUGGAGAGCAUGAUUUCUAAGCCACGACCAACUAGAGCUGAAUGUAGUGAUGUAGCAAAUGCUGUUCUCGACGGUGCAGACUGCGUGAUGUUGUCUGGUGAAACUGCUAAAGGAGAUUACCCUAUCGAAGCUUUGAAAAUGAUGCAUUCAAUCUGCAAGGAAGCAGAGCUUGCUUUUUAUUACACGAGGUUCUACGAGGAAAUCAUGUUCAACACUAGAAAACCGACAGAUAUGACGCAUACAACAGCUAUUGGUGCCGUUUCGGCAGCAGUGUCCUGUAAGGCUAGCGCUAUUGUCCUUAUCACAACCACAGGAAGGUUAGUCACAUAGGG